AUGUUAAACACUCAGUGCUGGAAAACGGGCCAACCGGACAACGGGAAUAAUGGAGGCGAUGCAACCGCAGCCGUUCUCCAGGAUGCGGACAAUUCAAUGCGAUUGCAGGCGUGUUGGAUCCGGUUGUGGGACAGGUGGGCGUGCGAACAGCGCACCGUGGUCCUGUACCAGAUGCACAUCAAUCACGCUCUGUCUCUGGAACGGUCCAAGCUAACGCUGGCCGGUGGCCGGGUGGUGUCGUGCAGGCCCAUCAAUCAGCAGCAGACGGGAGUGGGAUCCCGGUGCUGUAGCACGACCGUCACGGCCGCCGCAGUCACGCAGCCUGUGACCAGGUCAACCGCUGUGCAUUCUACCAGUAGGUGCAUCGCUUCGUCCACUGCUGAUGACGCUGCGAUAUACAACGUCAUCGGUGAAGCCACUGCCCCAACGGCCGCGUCGGCCACCGUAUUGGACGCUGCGGGCGCUCGCGACCUGCGCGUGCUGUCUACAGCCGUCGCCCGGCUUCGGGCGUCCGGCUGGUACUACGAGGGCACUGAGGCACAGGCCUGGGCCGCGGAAGCGCUGUCCAGCAUGCCGGCCGGCCGAUUUUGUGUUCGAGAUUCCAGACACUCGGAACACCUGUUUACGUUGGACGUGCAGACAGGCCGCACCGGUCAGUCCCGGCUCAUGAGCGUCCGGUUCACUUACGUGGAUGGCGUGUUCGGGCUGGACUCGAUGCCACGGCGCGCAGGUUCUCUCCGCUUCCCGAAGUUCCGGUGUCCGAUCGAGCUGAUCGACUACUACGUACGGCUGUCCCGGAUCGAGGCCGCCUGCCAGAUGCCCGUGUACCCCGUGUGGAUCGACCAGCGUGGUCAGUUCUUCUCGUGGAUGAACCUCCGCCGGCCAGUGGUCAAGGCCACCGCCGCAGGGUUUCCUUCACUGAAGCACAUGGCCCGCCUGGUGAUCAACCGGCACAAGGGCCUCAUCACCAUCACUCCUACAUCACUACCAAACGAACUGAUUGAAUAUUUACUUCAAUAUCCGUAUAGCCUGUGA